AUGUUGUACCCAAAGAAAAGGGAACGACACGAGGGAACAAUUUCAAGUUGCCUCCGAAACGAAAAACAAAAUUUCCCUGAAGCGCCACAACGCUUUGGUAUUAUAAAGAAAAACAAAAAAGGCCUCUUCUCAAAUCUUCUCUCGUUAUCUCUCAGAGCGCCUCUCAAAUUCUCCGUCAGAUCUCAAAGACUCUACCCAUCCGCGAACAUGGAGAGACACCCGAAGCGUCAGCGAUCCACAAGCUUCCUCGCCAGAAACUUGAAGCGAAAACGCUGUCUCACCUCAGAUGUUGCUCCAGUCGUCAAGCAAUUUACCGAGGUUGACGAGGAACAGCUAAGUCUCACCGCCGCGAUCCGUCGCCACGUCGAGGUUCUUGACUCCAUCUUCUCAGACGAUGAACCUGAUCUCGAAGAUGUCGAAGACGCUGCUGGUGAUAUCGCCGACCUGGCUAAAAUCGACGAAAAUGUGGAAAUCAUCGUUGAAAAUGGGGCUAUCCCUGCGUUGGUGAGAUAUUUAUCGCCGUGGUCUUACGAAGUUGACGCUGAUGUUCCCAAAUCUUGCAAGCAUAAGCUAGAGAAAGAUUGUGCUGUUGCUCUUGCACUUAUUGCUGCGGUUCAGCCUAAUUACCAGCAGCUCAUUGUGGAUGCUGGAGCUAUAGUUCCCACCGUGAAGUUGUUGGAGCGACGGGUUAUUUGUUCUGGAUGCACGGCUGCUAAUGCUGUUAUUCGGAGAGCCGCUGAUAUUAUCACUAAUAUUGCUCAUGACAAUCCAAGGAUUAAAAAAGACAUAAGGGUUGAAGGUGGCAUUCCACCACUUGUCGAGCUUCUAAACUAUCCGGAUGAGAAAGUACAGAGGGCUGCAGCAGGGGCUUUGCGGACAGUUUCUUUUAGAAACGACGAGAACAAGAUCCAAAUUGUGGAGUUGAAUGCUUUGCCCACGCUUGUAUUGAUGCUUCAAUCAGAAGAUUCUUCUGUGCACGGUGAAGCGAUUGGAGCAAUCGGAAAUCUUGUCCAUUCAUCUCCUGACAUUAAGAAAGAGGUUAUCCGUGUUGGUGCCUUACAAUCAGUAAUUGGUUUACUUAGCUCUACUUGUUUGGAAACACAAAGAGAGGCAGCAUUAUUAAUAGGCCAAUUUGCUGCGCCUGAUUCAGAUUGCAAGGUGCACAUUGGCCAGAGAGGUGCCAUUUCACCACUGAUCAAGAUGCUUGAAUCAUCAGAUGUGCAGGUCGUGGAAAUGUCAGCUUUUGCUCUUGGUCGAUUGGCGCAGGACGCACACAAUCAAGCUGGCAUUGCACAUAGAGGAGGCAUCAAUUCGUUAUUAAAUCUUCUUGAUGUGAAAGCGGGGACUGUGCAACACAAUGCUGCAUUUGCUUUGUAUGGCCUUGCUGAUAACGAGGAAAACGUAGCAGAUUUCAUUAAGACUGGGGGUAUUCAAAAGCUUCAAGAUGAAACAUACACUGUCGAACCGACUAAGGAUUGUGUGGUGCGGACAUUGAAGAGGCUACAGAACAAGAUUCAUGGACCUGUACUAAACCAAUUAUUAUACCUGAUGAGAACAGCCGAGAAGUCCAUAAAAAUACGAAUUGCUCUGGCUCUUGCACAUCUUUGUGACCCUAAAGAUGGAAAAUUAAUUUUCAUGGAUAACAAAGGAGUAGAGUUAUUGUUGGAACUUCUCUAUUUCUCAAGCGUCAAGCAGCAGAGAUAUAGUUCAAGUGCUUUAUACGAAUUAGCUAAAAAAGUUGCAUCUUUUGCACCAGAGGAUUCCGCUCCUGCCUCUCCCACCCAACGGGUGUUUUUGGGUCAAGAAUUCGUGAACAACUCCACUUUGUCCGACGUGACAUUCCUCAUUGAUGGUAAAGAAUUCUAUGCUCAUAAGAUUUGCUUGGUAGCAUCCUCUGAUAUAUUCCGUGCAAUGUUUGAUGGUCUAUACAAGGAACGCAAUGCCCCAAUUGUGGAGAUCCCAAACAUAAGAUGGGAAGUGUUUGAGCUUAUGAUGAGUUACAUAUACACAGGAACAGUUAACAUCACCAAACAUCUGGCUAAAGACCUGCUUGUAGCAGCUGAUCAAUAUCUUCUCCACAGCCUCAAACGUCAAUGUGAAUACAAAAUUGCACAGGAAAUCUCUCUUGAUAAGAUACCAGAAAUGUAUGAGUUAGCGGAAACAUUUAAUGCUGUGGCCUUAAGACAAGCUACCACACUCUUCGUUCUGGAGCAUUUCACUAAGCUCAGCACUCAAUUAUGGUUUGCAAAGUUAGUCAAGCAAAUCAUACCUGAAAUCCGGAGUUUCAUCACUGGCAUUCUCACCAGGCCGGUUCAAGCUAGCCCACCAGCCUUGUAUAAUAAUAUAUAUAAUAACUAGAUGCCGAUUAGAUUAAAAGUGACUCAGUGUAGAUGAAGUGGAUUUUGUUUGAUAAUUGGUCUAUAUUUUGUUACUGCUAUAUAAACCGCUCAAUACAAUAAUAUGAUAUUAAAAGACCCUCAAAGUUAUUUUAUCAUGA